GAAACCUUUUUGCUCCCUUCCGUGGUCCCACUUGCGAGUUCGUGGUAGGACGCGGCGACGCAAAGCUCUGACUGUUCUGCAGACACAUUUGCACCCCCCCCAUUGACAUCUUAGCUACGGAAGAGUUAGUAGUCCGCAAAAGACAACCCUUCACAAAAAUGGCUACGACAGGGUCGAGUGCCGAACGCUAGUUCGGACAAACUGUCGUGGCGGAAGGCCACAAUGGGGCGGCUCGUGGAAAAGUCGCUUCGCGGCCUGGCGCUGGUCGGCGCGCUGCCGCAAAAUCAGGACUUUUUCGCACCCAGCACCGGUUGGGGCACGUCUUCUUCUAGUUCCUCAAGGUUUCCCAACCACAAUAGGCUGUUCGCAACGGCGUCCAAAGUUCUUGAAGAAGGCGUCGGCAGUGUGGAAAACAAGCAGAGCGAAGAGCGGCAUGCAGGAAGUUCCGGAAGGGAUCAUGCCGAGGGGGGAAGUAGUACUGGUGCAAGCAACUCCGCUGCGUCCAAAGCUGCAGCUUCUGCGACCGGCGGAAGUGGAGUCGGAGUGCAACCGCGAAAAGGUUCAGCAAGCCCCCCGCAGGCCACGACGCGGCGCACCGCGAAGAUACCUGAUAAAGAUGCGCCGCACAUGCACGGGGCGCGGCAGUUGAACGACCGGAGGCUUGUCGCAGAGGAGCAGGAGCACUCAAAACACGCUAGAAAUUCAGGCACAGCAAAGACAAGCUCGCACGAAGCGGCCAUUAACGAGAAAAUAGACUACGGCAUCUACGGCGAAGACAAUUUCAACGAGGAAGGUUUCGACGUGGUUGGGGCUCGAGGCGAGCUUGCAAUCCAUAGAAUACCUGCGUUUCAGGAAGAAACCAUUUUGAGCGCUCGGGACCCGAAUUACGAGACCAGUGCCGCAUUUGAUGAAUACAAGAAGAAGGUACUAGCGUGACUUGUAAAUAAACGUUUUUUGUUGACGAACUUGCUGCGUGAAGUUUUUUUGUAUCUUGUUUGAAACGAGAACAGAGGACAAUUUAAAAGUUCCAUUGAUCAUCUCCUGCAGCGCGAGCCGAUCGUGAACCAGUUGCGAGAGCGAAAACUGAAGCAAAUCCUGGAGACCGGCCCGCAAGGCGAACUUCGAGAACACGUGGACGAGGGCGAGCAAAUAGCGCGGCCCGAGCUUCACCAAGACCCGGGAAAAACGUAUGAGGAAAUUGUGUUUUCCGACGGAUCCGCGGUGCGGUUUCCCGGAAAAACGGAAAGAAGAACGCUGUCGAGUGUACGCAAAUUUUAAAUUUUUAGACAAAAAAAGCACCUUAUUCUCUAGUAGCUCUUCCAAGCUGUCAGUAGGUGUUGGUGUUUGAUGAAAUGAUAAUGUCAAAUAGUAAAAAACUAAAAAAAUCGCAUUACAGUCCCAUCUUCCGCGACACGACCGGUUUCUUUUUGCCAAUAGCACGACGCAGCUCGCGAGCCAGCGCGAGAUGCUGUUGCAGAUGGAGCGAAAAGUCGUAAACCUCGAGGACUACAUAUCCUGCGUAAAAACGUCCCCACCCCAGAGUUGUAAUGCAGAUUUGCAAAAACAGGAAGACUUGCAAUGCGCAUCCCCAUGAGAGCCAUUUCCAGUCGUGUUUUGGAAUUUUUGAUGCUGUAAACGGGAUCAGCAGGUCGAUUUGUGAUGCGGCUUUCCUUGCUAACUUGCACUACCUUACGGACUGAAACUUGUCAUGCGUGACUCACAAAACUCCUAGGCUUGUGUUGCAAAAUCCCCAUCCUGACUCUGGUGUGGGUACGUUUUUACUCAGGAUACUACAGCAGCAAGCAUUUUGACAAAAGUGCUUGGAAAAAGUCGCCGUUUACCGAGUACAAGCGAAUGCUCUCCUCGCACCUAGGGACGGACAAUUCGUUCACGACCAUGGCCUACCGGCACCCCGAGCAGUGCGAGCGCAAGGAGUGCAUAGCCAACAGCGAACCAAAUUGCAAGGAGCACCUGCCAGGGUAUAUGAGCAACUUUUCUUUAUUCAACAUCCCGGUGGAGUUUUGAUUGUGUGUGUCUGCUUGGAGAAAUCAAUAUGGUCCAUCUCAGUAUUUGCGGAGCACUCUGCCUUCACCCUGGUGUUGUUCCUAGCUUUUUUUGUAUCGAAUCAACUAAACUGACCAGGUUUUAUCUGAAAGAGCGAGGAUGUGCGGACCACGCAGACGGCGGAAAGAGGAUAUGCACUGACUGCCAAUACUCUGCGGCCCUGGGCCAACCAACCAUAUGCCAGUGCGAAAAGACACCAUACUCAACCAAGGUGCAAUACAACGAGCCCUGCGACAGCUCCAGGUACUUGUUUGGUUUUUUCAUCAGUGUCGCUCCUUUCACGCCGCGUUUCCCCUCGUGUGAGAUCCUGAAUUCAUCAUCUAGAUGACUCUACUUUCGCUUUCGCUAUGUGAAGCGCAGAUCAGUCUUUCCAAAUAAACACCCUGCAGAGUGUGUCUGGCCGGCGAGUGCUUUCGCCCGUGCGAGUUUUUUCUUCACGUGAGCACGUGCCCAGAGGAAAGGUGUAUGUGGAACACGACCGCGUUGAACUGUGUUGAUAUCCCCGCUUCUAUUGAGAGGAAAAAUCCCCCCUCCCCAUAUUGAAAAGGUAUGUUUCCAAAAAUUUGCGUUGCGGAUUUGAGGUCACAAAUCACGUCUGUCUUGCAAGAAGACAAGAGCGGAAGCGUCCGCCCCAUUAUGGAAGCGAUUUGUCAUGCUGUUGGACCUAAAGGGGGGCCGUUUGCCAUGCUGAGCUACUAGACCCGUUGCACGCCCCUACCUAGCCUGGGGAUCUGGCCGCAGUGCCUCUCUGCAAUACAAAGCUGAAUUGUGGUCACAAAUCAGCACCACAAGUUUCCGUUUUGAUAUGGGGAGGGGGGAUGUUUCAUUUUGAUAGCUUCGCUGGUCUACACGGAAUGGGCUUCGCUGGUGCUCGGCUCGGAGGCAACAGAGGGCGUGCGCGGACCGAUCAUACUUGCCGGCGUUUCAAAAACCAUCUUUCCGCUAAACUUCGAAAAGUUCAACCAGAUGUCCAGCACGUAUCGGAUCAUGGGAAAUCCCAUUACGCAAUACAUCACAAUGGUAUACACAUUCAAGUACUUUUGUUCUUCUUCUUUGCUGGGUAAUUGGAAUUGCGUAAUUUUGAUGUGAUGUGUUCUCAGAUCAGGCGCAGAAAAUUCGAGAACCGGAAUGAACGACAACAUACAGGUGGAGUUUUUCCAGCGAUUUGAUCUCAACUACGACGGCUUCCUGACAGCACACGAGUUCGAGCACCAGCUGACAAAAACCCUAGUCGAGCUGGAGGUACGUGAAAAGGUUGUUGCUUCGACACGAUUUCUGCAAAUUUGAGUUUUAGGUUAGUCAUACUGAAGGAACGCAUUCAACACAGAUUGGAGCGUCAUAAUUCUAUUUGCCAUCUGGAUUCGCUGCUGUAGAAGUGCUGCGUGUUUUGUUCGAAAGAAAAACUACCUUGAAACCCCAGGCCGCGGCCGAGCUCCAGGCGGAGCAACAAGCAGUGCAGGCGAUGCAGAAUUUGCAGAACGCGCGUCAGCUGCAGAUUGUGGGCAACGUCGCGGCGCACCAACAGCAGGCACUGUCGGC